CCCGGGCUGAGCUGAAGGAGCGGUGCGCGAGUCGCACGUUUACUUGUUUAUGUCACGCUACCUUAAUACAAAUUACAGCGUAGUGUCGCUGUAAACAAACCAUCAACUGCGUGGCGGUGCAUAGUAAUGUUACAGACAUGGAUUUUGAAGGUUCAGACAGCAGUGAUGACUUCUCAGAAUCCGUAGAACAGCUUCGGAGCAGGCUGAACAUCGUCAAGAGACUAAUGGAGAAUAACACUCAGAAGAGAAGUAAAAAACGGAGAUCAGCAAGAGAUUCUAUUAUUGAUGGGAGCUUCCUCAGUGUAGUUUUUGCAGUGGUGCUUGUUAUGAUUAUUUGUGUCAGUGUUUAUGCCUUUGCAAACUUGUAUUAUGCCAUUCUCAGAAAAUUUCAAACUAAGCAACACACAGAAUUGUAAUUCUUCUUCUAUACUGUCAGUAGCAACAUUUGUAACAGAUGAUAAAAGUCAUAGUGUGACUCUGUAUUAUCAUGUAAACUGAAAUUCUGUUUUCAUUUAAAUAAAGCAUUUGCUUUAAUUCUCUUUCAAUAGC